CCAGUAUAGAGCCCUCCCCAAUGCCCCAUGCUUCCCUCUCUCUGUCUGGGCAGAGAGCCAAGCUACACCCUCCCUUUCUCUCUCUCUGGCUCUGGAUCUCAGUGGAUUCUCUACAUGUCAAGCAAAGCUUCACAAUGCUGCGCUUCCUAAACCCAGGAGCUUAGGAAUUUGCUGUGAUGUGGCUGUUCCCAGAACCCCCUUUCGCCCCUCUUUGGCGGACCCACUGUGUGAGGCUCUAAUGGACGAGUUUGGCAGGUGGACCAAGUGACCGACAUCACCUGUUUGGGAAAUCUGUCACACACACACACACACACACACACGCACGCACACACACACACACACACGCACACACACACACACACACACACACACACACACACACACACACACACACACACACACACACACACACACACACACACACACUUGCCUCUCCCUUCCUUGGAUGCUGGUGUGGUGAACAGCAGGAUUCUCUCUGCAUGGAGGCACAGGGAGGGGCUCCCAGCCCAGAGCCUAAUAAAGACAUCCAGAAGCUGCUAAAGCUCUCCAGCUCAGGUGACCUUUCUCAGGAGCUGUUCCAGCAGUAUGCUGCAGGCGAGAAAGAGGAGGAGGAAGCUGGCUUCGCAGGACACACCGCCAGCCUUCUGCACAUCUCCGAGAAGAGACAACCUCUGAGCAGUGUGUCAUCUUUAGAAGUCCACUUUGACCUCCUAGACCUCACCGAGCUGACCGACAUGUCGGACCAAGAGCUGGCUGAAGUCUUUGCUGACUCUGAUGAGGAGAACCACAAUGAGUAUCCACCAGGUUCCCAGCAGUCAGUGCUGGCCAAAGGAGGUUACAUGCGUUCCCCGUCGUGGACACGCUGCAGCAAAGUGGAGCACCCCAGGGAAAGGAAGCAUCACAGCGACUCAGACACCACAGAGCCCUUAAUGAAGCUGGAAAGGCCAAAACAACCUUGACUUGUGUGGUGUGUGUGUGACACAGGUGGAAUGAAGCUCAGAGCAGACAGCCAGCACAAGAGUAGACCACACAGUGUUUUAUGGUGCUAGUGAACAGUUGGGGAGUUCAUGCUGAACUGUGGACACAUUGCUGUAUGUUCUAAAGAUGUGCAGUAAACACACACACACUUGCUUUCCAUCCCUGAUUGCACUCUUGAUGAUUUGAAGUUUGGUUUUGGAGUGACAGACAGGGUAGUAAGACAAAAUCCUAAUGGAAUAACUGUUAUUUCCCAAUAUCCUCCGUUAUAUUUUCUUUUCCCCCAUGUUCCUAACGUCUCGUAAAGUGAUGACUGCCGCUAUUUCUUCUCUAUUCAAGUUGGUCGUCCAUGGCUCCAAAAAAGGCAAGAGGAAAGGAAGUAACUGAGCUAAUGUGAAAUUGCAUGAACGCCAAACACCCGAUCAAAGUGCCAAUACUUGUCAUGAGACAGUCCACUUACUUGAUUGAUUUGUUUUGAAUUCAGCUUGUCAAUACCCGGACAGGUAAUCAUUUUGAAUAGGGUGAGAGACUGUAAGAAGGAAAAAAUAAAAGUCUUGGAAAA